AUGAAGCGACGGGAAGAAGCCCUGGCGGUGGUGGACCUGGCCUCGGAGGUGAACUACGAGAAGUUCCCGAACGUUCAAGAGAAGUUGCGAGAGGCACCAGGAAGCCAUGCUGCAGCAGUGGUUCUGCCGGUCUACACACGCACACAGCAGGAUGUCAAAGAGCUCCGCGCGACGCUGACUGCUUUGUCGAAGCAGACGCGCGUGCCUGAUGUGGUGUUGCUGGUGGAUGAUGCUUCGCCCGAAGAGCUAGAAGCUGCAACUCGAGAAUGGCCGGAUGACCGACUAGCACUGGUACGGCUCCAUCGCAACGUGGGCCCGGCCGGUGCACGCAGCGUGGGCUUGCGGCUGCUGCGCCAGUGGGCGCGAGGCUGUGAUGUCGUGGCUUGCCUCACUGACAGUGACGCUGCACCGGACAGAGAGUGGGUCGAGCAGAUGGUUGAGGCACAAAGAGAAAGGCCGGGCAUCUUCUCGGGACCCACGCUCUCGGUGGAUCAAAGUGCCACGGGGAAGUUCCACGACCACUUUGGAAACUUGAACGGCCGCUGGUCGUGGGAUGAUCCCAAGGACGUGCUACUCUACGGAUGCACCUGCAAUUUUAGUGUGAACCUCAAUUCCAUCGACAUGGAAGAAUUUGAUCCCAUUUUCUCCCGUCCUGGAUUCGAGGACAUUGAGUUCUGCUGGCGUCUCCGUGUGGAGAAGAACGUCAUGACGAGGUACUGUGAGAAAGCGCGGAUGUACCAUCAGUAUGACCAUGGACCAGUUGGCCUCUACCGCCAGUUCUGGAAGUAUGGCCACACGGAGCCCAUCAUGGCGUGGAUGCAUCCGGACUUCACCUUCCAGGGCUCACGCCCCGUCACAGUGGGCUUCAAUGACCCCAGGGAUCCGGAGGCCAUGGGAUGA